AUGAGGGCGGACUGGCGUGUCGUGUUGUUGCAGUUUGGGUGGAGUCGAAGCAGCAAUGGAGAUGACAAAAGUUCUCGAGUUUUCUUAUUUGUUCGUCGAGGGACCGCACACACGCCCACACCACACCACAGCAGACAGUCUCGGGGCUCAGGCACAGGCACAGACGUCGAGAUCAGCCUCGCAUUUGGAGAGGCCAGGCCCGGGGAGCUUCUAGAAGCGGCAGCUGUUGCCAGAGACUGCGGACAACAACAGCAGCGACGGCGCCGGCGCGAGGGCGCACACGGAGGUAAGCUGUGUUGUACGAGGGUCGAGGCCACUAAGAGAGAGCUCGACGAUGCAGCAAGCAGAGGCGAACUUUUUGGGGGCGAGGCGGUGACGGUCGAGGCACGUCAGGGAACAAGAUGCGCGGACAAGAGGAAAAAAAAGAAACAAGGAAAAAAAGACGAUGAGGACGAUGAUGCACAGCUGCGGCCCGUCGAAACAGCAGCGCAGGAGCUCGCACGGAGCAGAACCGUUACGGAGAUAAGUCGUGCUCUUGUACCACAGCAGGGUGCGGUACGGAGCAAUGGCCGCUGGCAGGUACCUCGAGGGGUCGGCAAACUCGACCGCGGUGUAGUGGGCGACAAGUACCGGGUACAGCGCCUGUGCUGGGAGGCUUUAGGCUUUAGGCCGAGCUGCGACGGGGACGAAUGGAGAAUGGAGCUGUCGGCAGCUUUUUGCGGCAGCGCUUCCCCAUCUGUGGAAAUAUGGGAACACAGACUGUCAAUGGCGGUGGUAUGUACCUUGGCAGGUAGAGGUACAUUGGAAUUGGAUCGAGAUACUCGACGAGAUUCCUCAUGGCGCAACCAAAGCAAGGCCAAUAGAGAGGCAUACUGUCAACAAGCCUCUUUCGGAGCUCGGGAACCUCUUCACAGGCCCGAGGUGCGGGCCUUAGGUAAUGCGGCGAGCGCCUUGUACGUAAUGCUGGCAUUAGGUACAGAACACCUGCGGAAGGGCGUGGAGAAGCAAGCAAAGGGCCAGACGCAAUAUGACAACAACAACAACAACAACAACAACAACAACAACAACGAUCACCAGCAUGCAAAAAGCCUUGACUAA